AACACACCGCUGUGAUGAUAAGACGGAGCUGCGGAUACCGGAGAGGAUCGAACACCGUCGCUUUACUGCUCUGACUCCAGCGGAAGCUUUCAUGACAGAGGGAUGCUCCGGCGGCUCCUGCACUCCUCAUGGGGCUCCAGCGCAGCUAGCGAGCUAGCCUGUUGAGGCUAGCCGUCCGCGACAGACGAGCCGAGCAGCCCCUGAGCCGUCCCGAAGGAGGACACCAUCCUGUGGGGGGUUUCGCAUCGCCGUCUGCUAGCUCCACCGUCAGCUAACCGGGACUAAAGCACGGGCAUGGUGCACGGAACCGAGCCACUGCACCGACAGAGACAGGCGAGGGGCACACGGGUCCGAGCACCGACGAGCAGCAUUUGGACUCAGACUAUUUUUAACGGAGGGAGCGGCUCUCCGACGGACCGCUGUUUGUGUGGCUGUGCGAGCUAGCUGGCUAGCUAGCAGAGGGAAGCGACCCCCACCCCCACCGCCGCCUGCUCAGGGUUUUCAGCCUCAAGUCGAGGCUAAUGUGCUCCGGGAAUACUGUGAGAGACGCCCUGUGAACACGGUGCUUUCUGUAGACCCGGGAUCCAUCUACACACAGAGACAAAGGAGAGAGGAGCUCAGUGCGAACCGCAGCUCCGGGACUCCUCUCGUCAGCCGACACGUUGAAGCGGUGAAUGCUCGCAGCUAAGUUUGCUACUCUAGGUUGAACUUUUCCACUUUUUUUUAGAACUCUGGAUUUUUUCUUCACUUCGGAUGCUGGCAUCACACAUUUACUGCAAUCAUGAUGAUAAUAAGCAGAAAACCAGAGGGCCCAAUAGCAACAGCACGCCACGGCGACGGCCUGUAUGACUCCUACAUGAGGACAGACCACAUCCUUAAGGACGACGCAGAUCCGAACAGUCCGUCUGGGCUCCCCCCGAUGCCCAAACACACAGUUGUCAGUAACAAGACUGUGAUGAGGGAGCAGGUAACCGUGCGAGGUGGCCAACUGAAGGUCAAGUACAUGUACGAAGACGCCACCAACAACCGGAAGAUAAAUGCCAUAACCACGGCAACCACCCAGAACAGUGGGACCAUUGGUCAGACGCACAGUAAACCUGCUGCAGUGUCCAGUCUGUCCAAAGAGCACAGUGUAGACAGCACUGAAUCCAGUAAGGGUUCCACUGAAUCCUCCGGCACACAUGGAGUGGGCAGUGGAGGGAGCAGUGGGAAGCUGUGUGGCCCUCUCACUCCUGACCAGGCUCAGAGACUUUACCGAUCUCAGCUGACCACCCUGGAGCAGACGGAGAUCCACACCUACCCGGACAUCUACUUUGUGGGACCCAAUGCAAAGAAGAGGCCUGCCGUCGCCGGCGGCAACAACAACUGUGGCUAUGACGAUGAACAGGGCGGUUACAUUCAUGUCCCCCAUGACCACCUGGCUUAUCGCUACGAGUUCCUCAAGAUUAUUGGGAAGGGAAGUUUCGGACAAGUGGCCAAGGUGUACGAUCAUAAACUGCAGCAACACCUGGCUCUGAAAAUGGUGCGCAACGAGAAGCGUUUCCACCGGCAGGCGCAGGAGGAGAUCCGCAUCCUGGAGCACUUGCGCAAGCAGGAUCGGAACGGCACCAUGAACGCCGUGCACAUGCUUGAAAACUUCACGUUCCGCAAUCACAUCUGCAUGACUUUUGAGCUGCUGAGCAUGAAUCUGUACGAGCUUAUUAAGCGCAACAAGUUCCAGGGCUUCAGUCUGCCGCUGGUCAGGAAGUUUGCACACUCCAUCCUGCAGUGCCUGGAGGCCCUGAGCCGACACCGAAUCAUCCACUGUGACCUCAAGCCGGAGAACAUCCUGCUCAAGCAGCAGGGACGCAGCGGCAUCAAGGUGAUUGACUUUGGCUCGAGCUGCUUCGAACACCAGCGAGUGUACACUUACAUCCAGUCUCGCUUCUACCGGGCUCCCGAGGUGAUCCUGGGUUCACGUUACGGCCUUCCCAUCGACAUGUGGAGCUUCGGCUGCAUACUCACCGAGCUGCUCACCGGCUACCCCAUGUUCCCUGGCGAGGACGAGGGCGACCAGCUGGCCUGCGUCAUGGAGCUGCUGGGCAUGCCUCCACAGAAAAUUCUGGAUCAGUCCAAAAGGGCAAAGAACUUCAUCAACUCCAAGGGCCACCCGCGCUACUGUGGUGCCAACACCCUGCCCACGGGGGCCACGGUGCUGACGGGCACCCGCUCCCGCCGCGGGAAGAUGAGAGGCCCCCCCGGCAGCAAGGAGUGGAGCGCUGCCCUCAAAGGCUGCGAGGACCCCACCUUUACUGACUUCAUAAAGAAGUGCUUGGACUGGGACCCCUCCUCUCGUCUCACCCCCAGCCAGGCCCUCAGACACCCCUGGCUGUACCGCAGGCUGCCCAAGCCCCUGCCCGGGCCGGAGAAGAGCCAAGGGGCCACGGUGAAACGGCUCCCGGAGCACCACAGCACCUCAUUCCCCUCCAUCAUGGCCAAAGGGGGCCCGGGCCUAGGCACCGCAGCUGCCAACCACAAACUGAGGAGCAACAUGAUGGGAGAUUCAGGGGAGGCCAUACCUCUUCGCACGGUCCUACCCAAACUUGUCUCAUAGAGAGAGAGAGUCCUAAUUUCCUCUCUCACUCCACUCCCCCCCUCCUCCUCUGAACUUCCCAGGAGGAGUCAGAGCCCGGGAGAAAGUGGAGCCUAGGUUUUAACUUUUGACUUGUUUGGUUGUUCUUUAAUUUUGUUUUCUACUGCGAGGUGUCGACACCCCAGUUCAUGGUUUUAAAUAGUAGCUGAACACGGGGAGGGAGGAUGAAAGAAACACUCUAAAAAAAAGUUUUUAUACAGAGGAUUUUCUCGAGCGGCUGUAGAGUUUCUGUAUCGCAGCCGGUUUGAUUUCAAAUGAUGCUUUUUAAAAUCUUCCUCGUGUGAGUGGACAGCUUCCUUAAUGAGCCAAUGUUUUUAACCUGCCUGUGUCGUUAUGUGAGUGUCUCGAGCACACCUGCACUGUCACUUGCCUCAAACUCUUAAACACUCGUAGGACGACACCCUCUCUGAAGGAGUCGUUUAUACGAGUGCUACUUGAAAAGGGCUACAGAGAUGACUCUUUAUCAGGUUAGAGUAAUCAAAUAUUGAUUUGUGCAGCAAACAUCAGUUGCUAGAAAAAAGAAGAACCAUGCUCUAGUGUUUGGGCCCUGACACAUGACAAACGUAUCCCUCAUGUAUGAUUCCCUUGACACAGGAAAUGAGGGGCUGGCAUUAUGUAGUGAGAUAAUUUGAAACGAACAUUUUUUGGCAAUAAGUUUCACAUUCUCAUAUUUCUAAUUGAACUCUUUUGUACCUUUCCUGUUCCCCUGGUGCUUGAAUGUCAGCUGAGUUUGUUGAGUUAGUAAAGCAGCUUUCAGACAUGCACUGAAAUCUGCAGUUCCUCCGUAUUUUCGCGGGAGGAGGUGCAUGUGUGAAAGCAAAUGUCCCGAGUGUGUCGCUCCGCAGUUUCUGCUGACUUUAUCCGUCUGACCUUCUAGUACAAUGUCCGUAGAAAUCAUGGAGAAGUCGAUGUCUGAACAGAGCAUGGGAUUCCCUUACUGGAUUCACUGCGAGUGUGUGUGGGGGGGUUGAUGAGUACAGAUGCAAAAAUUAAGAAAAAAAAAUCUCCCAAUGAAAAAGCGGGGUCAUGCAGGAAGACUAACUAAGAUGUCUGUUGUGAAGAAAAUCAUGUGAUCUCCGCAGCUAGUUAAUUCCUCACUUCCUGCCUCUGUCUUCUGAACCCGGCUGCUCCACCCCUGGCCUGAAGAUGAGACUGCUGGUAAACUCCGGAGCCAAUUCUCCGGAGUUUGCCGGCAGGUCAAAUCUGAAAACGGCUUGUGUGUGUGUGUGUGUUUGUCCUUGAGCUUUGUGGUGCCACUGUGAGAGGCGUUGAGAGGGCAUAGGACAACCUAUUUGCAGCCCCCUCGUUUCUUCCUCCCUCCUUCAUUUGAGUGGAAACGGGGGGUGGGGAGAACACUAGCUCCACUCAAACUUUGUCACAGAGGUGUCACCGUCACACUCAGUACUUCACAAACUGGUUUUAAGUGCGAGAUUGCAGUGUGAGGCAGAGAGAGGGAGAGUUGGAAGUCAUUACACGUACCCGCCUGCGGAGCUUAGUGUAAGGAAAAAUUUGGGGAUGUUUUUAGGAGUGUCACCUGUCCGUCCCUCUGAUUGGUUGCUCUGAUCAUUGGCAGUGUAUUGAGAAGGGUCAUGGGGGUAAAACGGAGGACGGUAUGUUUUAAUAUGAGCCAAGAUUGUUUGUUGUUAUGUCUUGGGGAGGUGUCGUUGAGGUGACAGAAUGGGCCAGUGACAAUGUAGGGUUUUUAUGGUACUGCAGAAAGAAGGGUUUCUCAGGGAGACAUACUUGAUACAUCCCUUCAUCUUACAUGAGCCGUGUUCCACUUACAGUUCCUCUGUCCCCACGACGGAUGAACAUGCAUGCACCUCUGUCCACUGAGAGCGAGAGAAUGCGAGAGUGUGUCUGCGUAUGGAGGUCUGCAUGCUCCACAAUCUGACCUAGAUUCUCUCUCCUCCUCCCCCACCAUCUCUUUCUCCCUGUCUCGUUAUUCUCCCUCUGUCUCAUGUAGGGCAGGGAACCUCUUAAACUCACACAUAUAAAGUGUAUUAUGGUGCUGUCCAAAAAAGACCCGUUCACACACAGACACGCACACAGAGACACGGUGCAUGUUGCUCUAUGGACCACACCGCUCGGAGAUCUUUCUCUCGACCCCCGUUUUACUACGCGAAACUGUCAGGGAUUUCUACUCUUGUCUCCAUCUUUUUUUUUCUUUUUUUUUUUAUAGAAGUGGUUUCUAUUGCUUUUCACUCCAGAAUAUCAGAGGAGGUAAAAUGCAAAAUGUGGAAAAAGAGAAACUCGUAUACUGUCAUGUUGUACUAGUGGUGUGCGUUAGUAGGAGGGUGUUUGGUGUUCCAGCAUGAAAUCACAACCUGUUAUCAGACUGAGUGACUAUGAGAAGAGAAACUGUACAGUAACCAAAUGAAGUUGUGAUGGUUUCUUUUUCUAAAGAAAAUAAAAAUGAUUAUUAACUGAAA